AUGACCUCCCCGGGCACCGACAGCCCGGGGAAGAGCCUGCAGUACCGCGUGGACCAUCUGCUGAGCGCCGUGGAGGGCGAGCUGCAGGCGGGCAGCGAGAAGGGCGACCCCACGGAGCGCGAGCUGCGCGUGGGCCUGGAGGAGAGCGAGCUGUGGCUGCGCUUCAGGGAGCUCACCAACGAGAUGAUCGUCACCAAGAACGGCAGGAGGAUGUUCCCGGUGCUGAAGGUGAACGUAUCCGGCCUGGACCCCAACGCCAUGUACUCCUUCCUGCUGGACUUCGUGGCGGCCGACAACCACCGCUGGAAGUACGUGAAUGGGGAGUGGGUGCCGGGGGGCAAGCCGGAGCCGCAGGCGCCCAGCUGCGUCUACAUCCACCCCGACUCCCCCAACUUCGGGGCGCACUGGAUGAAGGCACCUGUCUCCUUCAGCAAAGUCAAGCUCACCAACAAGCUCAAUGGAGGGGGCCAGAUCAUGUUGAACUCCUUACAUAAGUAUGAGCCUCGAAUCCACAUCGUGAGAGUUGGGGGUCCACAGCGUAUGAUCACCAGCCACUGCUUCCCGGAGACCCAGUUCAUUGCGGUGACCGCUUACCAAAACGAGGAGAUCACAGCUCUUAAAAUUAAAUACAAUCCAUUUGCAAAAGCUUUCCUCGACGCAAAGGAAAGAAGCGAUCACAAAGAGAUGAUGGAAGAAGCGGGAGACAGCCAGCAGCCUGGGUACAGCCAAUCAGGGGGCUGGCUGAUCCCCGGAACCAGUAGCCUGUGUCCACCCGCCACCCCCCACCCCCAGUUCGGAGGCCCCCUCUCGCUCCCCUCCACGCACGGCUGCGAAAGGUUCCCGGCCCUGAGGAGCCACCGGCCAGCCCCCUACCCCAGCCCGUACGUGCAUCGCAACAGCUCUCCAACUAUUUCCGACAGUUCAUCUGCAUGUCUGUCCAUGCUCCAGCCCCAUGACAACUGGUCCAGCCUUGGAAUGCCUGCCCACACCAGCAUGCUGCUGGGUCCGAACGCUGGUCCUCCUGCGGGCUCCAGCCAGUACCCCAGCCUGUGGUCCGUGAGCAGCGGUGCCGUCGCCCCGGGCGCCCAGGCGGCGGGUGUGCCCAGCGGGCUGGGAGCCCAGUUCUUCCGAGGCUCCUCUGCCCACUCUACCCCCCUCGCCCACCCGGUCUCAGCGUCCUCCUCGUCGGGGUCCCCACUGUACGAGGGGGCCGCCACGGCCACAGACGUUGCCGACAGCCAGUAUGAUGCCUCGGCCCAGGCCCGCCUCCUGGCCUCGUGGACGGCCGUGUCGCCCCCGUCCAUGUGA